AUGCAAUACCAAAACUUCAACUCAAAAUUUUGCAUAGAAGCUAUUGAGGCUACUGGGACUGAACUCCGGGCUCAAAUCAACAGCUCACAAGCACAUCAGGGUGGCAUCACCCAAGAGCCUAACACUCUUCCAUCAGCUCUUGGAAAUGCAAUGGUUCAAGGGGAUAUCAGCGAAUCUGCUUUGCAGAUCCAUUGCACUGAAGGUCGCCUGCAAGCUUCUGUUCAAAUUCGCGUCUUACUUCACCAAACCAACCAAUUCUUUGACAUCUGCCAGGUGAACUACCUUUGGCUUCAUUUGCCCAUUGUUAACAACUGGUAUAUCAUUUACCAAACGGACUGCUGCAAUCUCUACAAGAGCAAGCGGUCACCUCUUGUUGAGCUUGUGCUCAAAGAAGAUAACAACUUUUCUGAAGAAAUCCUUGUAAACUGGGGAGUAUGCAGAAUUUAUGUUGCGGUUUUCAUCAACCUGAAUUUGUAA